AUGUCCUUUCGGCCGAUGUUCCAGCAGCGGGCUGUGGCCCCCAUCGCUGCCACUCUUUUGGCUGGAGGUGUAGCCUUCUAUCCCCGGCGAACCGCCUUCGCUGAGGAACCUAAUGCUAGGAAACCGAUUUAUGAUGACUUCCCUGCCGAUAUCCCGGAACCCACGAAGACCCUUCCUCCUGCUCCUCCCAAGUCGUCUCCAUUUCCCUCCUCGUCCCCUACUCCCACAGAUAUCUUGACGGCUCAGGUCCGACAUGCCCGUCUUUUCCUCUACGAAAACUCCCUCGCCGCUGAGAACUGCUUCAACGACUUCCUGUCCCGGGCCCUCCACAUCGAGAACGCUUUCACCAACACCGUCGCCUCGCUGGCUCCGUCGCCCGAGUCCGGCGAGCGUCUCCUCCCCGGCGGCGCCUAUGUCAUCGUCUCUGCCAUGGCCGGUUCCAUCGUGUCCCGCAACCGUGGUAUCUUCUUGCGCACCGCCUCGCCGCUCGCGUUCGGUACCGUGGCCGCCUGGUCCCUCCUGCCGGUGACGAUGCGCAACAUCUCCGACCUGGUGUGGGAGUACGAGAAGAAGGUCCCCGCUAUUGCCGAGCAGCACCUCUACCUCCGUGAACGGGCUGAGCACAUCUGGUCUACGGGCGUGGCACACAGCGGCAUGGCGCGUUCCAUGAUGGAGGAUAAGAUCGGGGAGACUCGCAAGAAGUUGGAGGAGCUGGUUAGCAAGGGUCACUAG